AUGUACAUCACUCUCUACUACGUAGUCGCACGCCUCCCUGACUCCCUCCGCGUAGUCAGGGACCACUUUCUCGCAGUCUGUCCCACCACUCUCACCGUCGACCUCCUCGAGAAGGCCCUCCUCGCAGCGGAGAAGAGCAUAGUCGCUGUCGGUGCCUCUCGUGGUGACCCUCGCACCCCCAUCUUUGAGGGGUGCUCUCCUUCCCCCUUGCUGCCCUCUGUUGCCUCUGCUGCUGCGGCCGACCUGCUUGGUCUUGAGUCGGUCGGCGCGGCGUCUGCCCCUAGUAGGAGACGUCGCUCUGGCAAGGGCAAGGGGGGCAAGGGCGCGGGCGGAGCUGGAGGGGGCGGUGGCGGUGGCGGCGGAGGCGGCGGAGGGAGUGGGGGUGGCGGCGGGAGUAGUGGUAGUGGUGGUGGUGGUGGUGGCAGCAGCGGCGGAGACGGUGGUGGUGGUGGCACCGGUGGUGGUGGAGGCAGCAGCGGGAGUGGAGGCGGUGGAGGUGGAGGCGGUGGAGGUGGAGGCGGUGGAGGCGGCGGCGGAGGAGGCGGUGGUGGUGGAGGAGGUGGAGCUGGUCGUGGUGGUACCCAGCAGCGGAGCGGCGGUGGUGGUGGCCAGCGCUUGCAGCGGCAGCAGCAGCAGCGUUCGCGGGACAUCCCUCCGCCUCAGCAGCUUCGUGAGUGGUACACUGCGCGUCAGAGGGGUGGGGGUACUGGUCCCUGCGCCUACGUUCUUCGUUCCGGCGACCGCGCGGGUGAGCAGUGUGGGGGUGCCCACUCCACCCAGCGCUGCUUUGGCCGCCUGACGGACACUUGGCGUCAGCAGUUCCCCGGGGCUAGUGAGAUCCCUCGCUGGGAUGAGCUCCUUAGGGCUGGUGUAGCGAUCUUUGAUCUUGAUUUUGAUGCUAUCCUUUCUGCUAUGUAUGCUGUGACUUAUAGUGAGGAGAAUGAGGGUUACCGGUGUUUCCAGCCCGACCCGGGCAUUGGUACUGCUGCCCUAGGUACUUGUGAGGCUGCUGCUCUAGGUGCCAGUGCGUCUGCGCUCUCAGGUACUAGUGAGACUGCGCUCUCAGGUGCUGGUGAGACUGCGCUCUCAGACCGCACUACCCUCACGCCACUUGGCCGACCGGUUGCGGUCUCCCUUGCUGACCCCUCUGGGGGUCCUGUCCUGUCUCACUUCUCCACUGUCCUCCCGUGUCCGGCUGCCCCUUCGGGCACCCUGUCUGGUCUGUACCUUCCCUCGUUCUCUACGAACUUGGUGAGUGGUGCGGACCUACAGGAUGCGGGGGUUCACCAGUUCACUCCUGCGAGGCGGCGGGUGACCCACUGCACGGACGCAGACACAGGCCGACACCUGGCCACCUUUUCGCGUCGGCCGGGGUCGAGUCUCUACACCCUGACCACUUCGUCUCCUCCUGACCCUGUGUCUGGUCAGGUAGCUGCGUCAGGUCAGGUGUUUGCUGCUGCGUCCCGGUCAGGGCCUUCCUGUGUCCCCUGUGUCGAGGGUCGCCUCCGGGCUACUCCUCACUCUUCCCACUUCCCCCCGACAGAGGCUCCGCUGCAGACGCUUCACAUGGAUGUGUGGGGCCCGGCCCCCGUCCGUGGGCAGGGUUACGAGCGCUACUUCCUGUUGGUGGUUGACGACUACUCGCGUUACACCACAGUCCUCCCCUUGCGCAGCAAGGGUGCUGUCACUGAGGUGCUGAUCGACUGGAUCCGCGAGGCUCGUCUCCAGCUCAGGAAGAGCUUCGGCUCUGACUUUCCUGUUCUGCGUCUGCACUCGGACAGAGGCGGAGAGUUCUCCUCUCGCCUUCUGCGAGACUACUGUCGUGCACGGGGGAUCCGCCAGACCUUCACACUUCCGGACUCACCACAGCAAAAUGGGAUUGCUGAGCGCCGCAUUGGCAUGGUCAUGGAUGUCGCUCGUACGUCCAUGAUGCAUGCGGCUGCCCCCCAUUUUCUGUGGCCGUUUGCGGUGAGGUACGCGGCGCAUCAACUCAACCUUCACCCGCGGGUCUCUAGGCCUGCGAUGUCCCCAGCCUUGCUGUGGACGGGGAAGGUUGGCGAUGCGUCUGUGUUUCGUGUCUGGGGAUCUCGGGCGUUUGUCCGCGACUUGUCUGCGGACAAGCUGUCCCCUCGUGCUGCUCCCUGUGUCUUCCUUGGCUUCCCCACUGACGCCCCAGGGUGGCAGUUCUACCACCCCUCCUCUCGUCGUGUUCUGUCCUCCCAGGACGUCACGUUCGACGAGUCGGUCCCCUUCUACCGUCUCUUCCCCUACCGCACCCCUUCCCUCCCCCCUCCCCCGGACUUCCUUGUGCCGACGCCGUUGACCCGGUCGAGGUUACUGGUGACUCUGGUGCUGCUGCGGGUGCUGAGCCUGGGGGUGCUGACUCUGGGGGGUGCUGUCCGCGGGGGUGCUGAGCCUGGAGGAGCUGCUGCUGGGGGUCCUGAGCCUGGGGGUGCUAGUGCGGAGGGUGCGGAGCCUAGGAGUGCUGCGCCGGGGGGUGCUGUCACUGGAGGUGCUGGGUCUGGGGGUGCUGAGUCGGGAGCUGCUGAGCCUGGGGGUGCUGAGUUGGGAGCUGCUGCGCCUGGGGGUGCUGUGUCUGGAGCUGCUGAGCCUGGGGGUGCUGCGUCUGGAGCUACUGCGCCUGGGGUUUCUCCUGCUGCUCAGCCUCCCCGGGAGCCUCUCUCUCCACAGGAGCUGCGCGAGUGGUUCGCUCGUCGUUGGAGGCGUGCUGCUGAGUCUGGGGGUGCUGCUGGAGCUGGAGCUGGACCUUCUUCGACUGACGAGGGUGCUGGUGCUGCCGGUCCCGGAGCUGCUGGGCCUGCGGGUCCUCUUGGAGCUGGCGCUGCUGAGGGUGUUGGUGCUGAGACUGCUGCUGUUGGUCCUGCUGCUGGAGGAGUUGGUGGCCCUGGUGCUGUCGCUGAGGGUGCUGGAGCUGUCCCUGCUGCGCCUGGAGCUGCUGAGCGGCCUCGACCGUACUUCGUUCCGCUACUGCAGCAGGUUCUUGGUCUUUCUCCUCCGGUAGAGAGUCCACCGCCUGUCCAGUCGCAGUCCCUGCUGGAGCCUUCCUCUCCGCUACCUGCUCCCUCUCCUUACACUGGUCCUACUGGAGGUCUUGCUGAGCGUCGUGAGCCUGCGUCUCGUCCUGCGUCGCCUGUUCGUCCUGCUCGCGCUACUGGUCGCGGUUCGCGUCAGCGUCCUCCUCCUGUCCCUGGCACGCACCAGAUGUCUUUGCGUCCGUCCACUGCUCCUCUACGUGCCCCUUUGCCUUCUCCUCCUGAGUCCUCUCUUCCUGCGCUUGCCGACCCAGAGUCGGACUCUCUUCGUGCUGCCAGUCCUACUGUCACGCGUCUGCUUGCUACUGUCGUCACUGACCCCUCUUUUGAGUCCACUGCUGCGUCUGCUCUAGUCGCUGAGCUCGUCGACUUUGCUGCUCGCUGUCGUCUCGACUACGCUGCUAGUCUUGUUGCUGAGUCUGCGUCUGUCUGUCCUCCGUCCGUCGGGGGUGAGUGUGCUCUUGGCACGGACGUCCUAGAGGACAGGCAGGAGGAGUUACAGUGUCUAGCGGCUGCUUCACCUCAUCUCGCGUCUGUACUGCUUGCCCCUGAGGGAGACCCGGAUGCACUAGACAUCCCGACUCCGCGUUCUUACGCGGAGGCUGUAGAGGGUCCCUACUCCUCUCAGUGGCAGGCAGCUAUGGAUGCAGAGAUGGCUUCCUGGAAGUCCACAGGCACCUACGUUGACGCAGUUCCCCCUCCUGGGGCGAACAUCGUCAGUGGCAUGUGGAUCUUCAGGGUGAAGCGGCCGCCGGGCUCUCCGCCUCUCUUCAAGGCGCGUUACGUCGCUCGUGGCUUCAGUCAGCGGCAGGGAGUUGACUACUUUCAGACCUUCUCUCCCACCCCGAAGAUGACUACUCUUCGGGUGCUGCUGCACGUUGCCGCUCAGCGCGACUACGAGCUUCACUCUCUCGACUUCAGCACUGCGUUCCUGCAGGGUAGCCUGCACGAGGAGAUCUGGCUGCGCCGUCCGCCUGGCUUCACUGGGACUUUCCCUCCUGGCACCCAGUGGAGCCUCCGACGGCCAGUCUACGGUCUCCGCCAGGCACCGCGUGAGUGGCACGACACACUGAGGACUACGCUUGCGGCUCUUGGGUUUGCUCCUUCCACUGCUGACCCGUCGCUGUUUCUUCGCACCGACACUUCCUUGCCGCCGUUCUACAUCCUCGUGUACGUCGACGACUUGGUCUUUGCCACAGCGGACACUGCUGGACUCGCCUACGUGAAGUCCGAGCUGCUGAAGAGACACACGUGCACAGACCUGGGUGAACUGCGUAGCUACCUUGGCUUGAAGAUCACUCGGGACAGAGCACGCCGCACCAUUACCCUGACUCAGUCACACAUGGUGCAGCAGGUCCUUCAGCGCUUCGGCUUCACGUACUCCUCGCCUCAGGCCACUCCUCUGCCUACUCGCCACUCGCUCUCAGCUCUGCCUUCGGAUGAGUCCGUAGAGUCGAGUGGCCCGUAUGCAGAGCUUGUUGGCUGCCUCAUGUACCUGAUGACCUGCACACGACCUGACCUUGCAUACCCUCUGAGCAUCCUUGCGCGCUAUGUUGCUCCUGGGAGACACCGACCUGAGCACAUGGCUGCAGCGAAGAGGGUAUUGCGCUACCUGUGCAGUACGUCGGGCAUGGGGCUAGUGCUUGGAGGGCGGAGUCCAGUGGUCCUUACGGGCCACGCGGACGCUUCUUGGGCUGACGACCAGGCUACGCAGCGAUCGUCACAGGGUUACACCUUCAGCCUUGGUUCCGGCUCUGUCUCGUGGCGGUCUACUCGCUCGUCUUCGGUUCUCGGCUCCAGUUGUGAGGCUGAGAUCUACGCCGGGGCCAUGGCUGCACAGGAGCUUCGCUGGCUCACCUACCUGCUGACUGACCUUGGAGAGCCGCCUCGUUCUCCUCCAGUGCUGUACGUAGACAACAAGGCCAUGCUGGCCUUGUGUCGAGAGCAGCGUCUGGAGCACAGAACGAAGCACAUUGCUCUCCGCUACUUCCUUGCUCGUGAGCUGCAGUAG